CCCUCCUCAUUCCUAGUCAGCUGAUGAGGCCUGAGCCUGGGUUCAUCUGCAGGGCAUCCUGGGCUGCUCUCUUCCUGGGGGCGCAUGGAGGAGCCGCUGGAGAUGCCGCCUGGGGAGGAGAGCAAGCCUUGCUCACUCUCGGAGGAGCUCGCCACUGACCCCUCCUUGCAGGUUGAGAUCUCAGACGCAGUCAGCGAACGGGACAAGGUGAAAUUCACUGUCCAGACCAAGAGCUCCCUGCCCCACUUCACCCGCCCAGCGCUCUCCGUGGUCCGGCAGCAUGAGGACUUUGUUUGGCUGCACGACACCUUCUCUGAAAAUGAUGAAUACGCUGGCAUCAUUAUCCCCCCUGCACCCCCCAGGCCUGACUUCGAGGCAUCACGGGAGAAGCUGCAGCGCCUUGGGGAGGGGAACAGCACCCUGACGCGGGAGGAGUUCACCAAGAUGAAGCAGGAGCUGGAGGGUGAGUACCUGGCCAUCUUCAAAAAGACGGUGGCAAUGCACGAGGUGUUCCUGCAGCGCCUGGCAGCCCAUCCCAUCCUACGCCGGGACCACAACUUCUAUGUCUUCCUGGAAUACGACCAAGAUCUCAGUGUGCGUGGCAAGAACCGCAAGGAGCUGCUGGGCGGCUUCUUCCGGAACAUCGUCAAGUCAGCUGACGAGGCGCUCAUCACCGGGGUGUCAGGGCUGAAGGAGGUGGACGAGUUCUUUGAGCACGAGCGGACGUUCCUGCUGGAGUACCACGCCCGGGUGCGCGACACCUGCCUCAAGGCCGACCGCGUCAUGCGCUCCCACAAGAGCCUGGCAGAGGACUAUAUCCCCAUCUCGGUGGCACUGGGCAGCCUAGGCACACAGGAAGUCCGCCAGCUCCAGACGAGCUUCCUGAAAUUGGCUGAACUCUUUGAACGGCUGCGGAAGUUGGAGGGCCGUGUGGCAUCAGAUGAGGAUCUGAAACUGUCUGAUCUGCUCAAGUACUACAUGAGAGACUCACAGGCAGCCAAGGAUCUGCUGUACCGGCGCCUGCGGGCCCUGGCUGAUUACGAGAAUGCCAACAAGGCACUGGACAGAGCCCGCAUGAGGAACAAGGAGGUGAAGCCGGCUGAGGCCCAUCAGCAGCUGUGCUGUCAGCGCUUUGAACAGCUAUCAGCCUCCGCCAAGCAAGAACUGACUGAUUUCAAGUCACGUCGAAUCUCCGCAUUUCGCAAGAACCUGAUCGAGCUGGCAGAGUUGGAGCUGAAACAUGCCAAGGCCAGUAGCCUGCUGCUGCGGAACACCCUGAUUGUGCUGAAGGGCGACGCCUGAUACUACCACCCAGCUCUGCACCUGCGGGAGGGGCCUCUCAGCGCCUUGGUGCAGAGACCCCCCCACCGCUACUGCUGCUGCCUCAUAAUCCAGCCCCAUAUAUCCCUGCCCCAACCCUGUUGGCAUUCCAGCCCCCCCAUACCUGCUCUGCCAACUCUGGGGGGCCCCCUCUGACUGUGGGGGCAACCCCCCCCAACACCCAUUAACUCCCUCCCCCUGGCCUCCCAGAGAUGGCUGCAACCUAGAGUUCCUUUAGGAGGGGAGUGGGCUGGGAGCCAGAACUCCUGGGGUCUAUCCCCAGCUCUGGAAGGACAGUGAGGUAUAGUGGGUUAGAGCAGGAGGGCUUGGAGACAGGUCUUAGGUGAGCCCCUUCCCCUCUGUCCCCCACCCUCCAACUGCAGUAAGACCACAUGGGGUGGGGGGAUGUUAAGGUGCAUUCAAGUACAUGAAAGGUUGUUUAAAGGAGAAAAAAAUUCUUCUUAACCUCUGAGGAUAGGACAAGAAGCAAUGGGCUCAAAUUGCAGCCAGGGAGGUUUAGGUUGGACAUUAGGAAAAACUUCCUGUCAGGGUGGUUAAGCACUGGAAUAAAUUGCCUAGGGAGAUUGUGGAAUCUCCAUCAUGGGGGAUUUUUAAGAGCAUGUUAGACAAACACCUGUCAGAGAUUUCCUAGAUAAUACUUAGUCCUGCCUCGAGUGCAGGGGACUAGAUGACCUCUUGAGGUCCCUUCCAGUCCUUUGAUUUGGAGGUGUUCUAGCCACCCACAAGAAUCCAGGCUAGAUGCUAUCUCCCAGCAACUAGAUGCAGGGGGAGGGGCAGAAUGAGGGGAGGAAGGGGUGUGAGAUAGGGGGAAGUGUGAAACUGCAGUAGGCUAUCAUCAUUCAAUUCUAUCCAGCCACAGCUCUGUACCCCCCCAGCCCCAAACUCCCCCAAUAAAGGCCCAUUUUGUAUCCAGCUUCA